AGAGUCUGGGGAUUAGUACUGCUGUGUGAGAUUAAAAACCAAGAAUGAGCACAAAGAGGAAACAAGUGGAUAGUAUAAAACAACAAGCUAUUAAUAUUUUGUCGAUGAUGCGGAAACAGGAUAAUAAAUUAGAAGACAAAAUGAAAAAGUUUGUGAAAAAAGAUAAAGCUAUCGCUAGAAGAACUUUUGAGACGGAUGUAGAAGGAUGGACACCUGUACACGCAUGCGUAAUGAAAGGCAGCAAACAUUUACUGAAAGUCAUGAUCGGUACUGGAAUUCCUGUGAAUUUUCGAAUGGGACAACCCGAGGGACUUCCCGGGGAGUGUUCUUUACUCCACAUAGCAGCAUACAGGGGAGAUGUCAAAAUCUGUAAAUAUCUAAUAUCCCAUGGUGCCUGUGUUGAUGCCCGGGACAAUUAUAACAGAGCUCCCAUGUAUUAUGCACAAACAAAGCAACAUAAUCGGGUUAUCGAGUUACUGAAACAGAAAGGCGGUGACCAGACUGUGGAUAAUACUGAUACCGAUAUCAUGAUGAUGGACGAAUGUCCGACACCACAACCCACCAAGCUAGGAUUUUGUUUUUCACCUUUUAUGAAAAGCUGAUUAUGUGAAUUUUUUAAAAA